GAGGGCAGAGGAUGAGCGAGGCCAUGGCACCUGGCCCUGUGCGGGGCAGAGCGUGGUGCUGGGUAGCAGAAGGUCGUGCCUAAUGAAUGUGGGCAGGGGACAGCGUUCGACCCUAACAGGAGGUGAUUUUUAAUGCCCUGCCCCAUGAUUCCUUGUGCGGACUGUUCAAACUGUCUUACUGUACAGCCCUGUACAUAAUAUGUUUUUGAGCAGGCUGGGGAUGUGCAAAGCACUGAGAUAGGACCCCAGAGGGAUCACCAGGCUUGGAUGUGGAGGCUGCAGAAGGGAGGCUUUAAAGUCCAAGCAGGGCAAUUGCAUGGCUUGUUCUCAGCAGCACGUUUGUCCUGAUGCUUCACUACUUGGGGAUGUAUUUCUGUAAAUAAAGUCAUUGCUUAGUAUUGACCUCAUGAAAGAAGGGAGGCUUGAGUGUGACAGGCUUGUAUUCACUAUGUGCAUUUCAGGAGCACAAAUCCACUGAUGUCCAAGGGCAUUUGUGCUCUAACAUCUUCUGGGCUUUUUGGAAAAACUGCCUUGGAGGUCAAGGCUGUAAUUGCUGUUGGAGAGCUGACAAACCUGCAGCAAGAGCUGCCUGGGGAGAAGGCUGGCGAGUGGGGAGCUUAAGGGAUGGUGCAUGCUGUCAGACCUGUCUGUUCCUCUCUGUCCUGGCUCAUCCUAGGAGCAGAGAGGCUCUGCUGGGCAUGCAGGUGGCUAUGGCUCAUAAAGGGUGUUUCUUGUUUUCUGAUUUGGCGCAGCAGAAACUUGUGCAACCUUUGAACAAGUGCAUCCUGAUCAGAUCAGGGCUUGAGCCAGGAGUUUGGUGAUGCCUGCUGCUGGGUUAUAGAGCCUGUCACACCUGAGUUCCUGUGCAACCUCCUCCUAUUAAGUCUCUAACAAGAUCCUCAACAGAGAUCCAUCUUUGGGAUGGGAACUGGAGAGAGAGGUAGUAAAACAAGUCCCUGCCUCAAAAUGCCUCCCUCUGAAAAGAGGAGAGGUAAAGCAAGCAUCUUUAUGCCACUUUUGAGCUAGGGGUCUGGUGCAUGGAGAGGUUGUGACUAACGAAGGCCUCUUAGAAAUCUAGACCUAAUGGGAACUAGACCCAGCCCCAGCACUCCUGAAUCCCAGAUGUGGGUCUCAAAACUGACUGUUCUCCUGUGUGGUGCUGUGCUUGCACUUGAGAGGUCCUUUUGCAACAAUUACAAGACCUUAAAUGACAGUGUCUGCAACAUACGAUGUCUGUGUCUCUUCCCUGUGUCUGGUUACUGUUUGCAUUUGACUCCAACUUGUCAUUUUGCUAUUUCUACUUAAAUUUGGUUUCUCUUUUGCUGGAAAACCUUAAAAUGUAAGGAGAAACAGAUUAAAUCUACUUUACUGCUAUUUUUCAAGGAGAUUUUUGUUUGUCAAGGCAUUGUGCCUGAGGGGGACUCUGUCAAACUGGGACUUCUGAAAAUGAGGUGAUUAAAAAGCAAAUGAAACUGCUGCUGCCCCUCCCUUCAGUGGAGCGUGCUGGGGAUGCUGCUGCUGUCCAUUUUAGAGGGACACAUUUGGUCCUGUCUUGUUAAUCACUAACAGAUUUGUGUUAUAAUUGCUAACCAGGGGAAGUCUGCCUCGGUCAAUGCAGUGACUCACUUGGAUUUCAUUUACCUCCUGGUCUUCUCCUGGGACAAUCACAAAAGACUGUAUUUUCUUAACUUCAAAAUGUUCUUAGCUAAAUUUCCCCAGCUCUGGUUUUCCUCUCUUCUGCAGUGUGCAUGUAUGUACAUGACGGCGCAUCUUCAUGCGCACUUGUGUGUGCAUGUGUUCAUAUAUGCUAUGGCCUCACAUGUGCAUCUAAACACACUUGUGUGCUUGCAUGUUGCAGUUCAUAUCUGAGUACAUGCCAAUGCACACAUGUGCACAUGUAUGGAUGUGUGCAUGCCUGUGUACAUGCCUGUGCCUUGGGAGGGCCCCGAGUCCUAGUUAGUCCAUCUUGCAGCAUCCUGGACAUGACUUUCAUUGUAAUUAUCUCAGCCUUUGCAGUUCUUACCUUCUGCGCUGCUUUGCCUGCAAGUGAGCUGCCUGUUUUAUCAGUUGUAACAGGGCUGUCUUUUCAAAUCCUCUCUCAGACCAUUAUCUCCCUUUGAUGCUUUUGAAGAGCCAGAGAUAUGUUAAUUCUGCCUUGGCCCUCUCUUCUUCCCUUUCCCUCUUCUUGCAAAUCCACCCUUGUCAUCCUGGCUAGCUGCAAUGUUUGCAUUUUCAUGCACUGCCCUGGUGGGUGGCAAGGGGAACUGGGUUUUCCCUGCUCUUUCCCACUGGGUUUGGUGAAGCUGGUGCUAGGAGAUCCCUCCCAGGAGUUGGCUGCCUUCCUAGGUAAGACAGUGGCUACUUGUUUGUGCCCUUCUCCCUGUCACCAGCUUCUCCUUAGUUAUAGUGUGUGCCCAGAGCAGACCCCGGUCAAGGGGAUUUGUGCAGUGGAGACGCAUGGUCUUUGCCUUGGGAAAGUCCAAGUGGGUAGAAAAUGACCUAAUGGCAGGAUGGGCUAGGCCAAGUGCUGGCCCACUGUGUGCAGCUCUGAAAUGUGCUUUACACCCUGCAGAGCUUGGUGCCUCAGAAAUGCUGAGGACAGAUGGAGCCCCCGAAAGGCCUGCGUGGUAACAUCGACAACGCGCCUACUUGGCCCUGGUGGAAAGCACCAGAUUGCCAACCCUGUAUGGUCCUGUCUCUCUGCAGGCAACCCAACUACUGGAGCUUUAAGACAAGGAGCUCCCGACACUCCCAGGGCUCCCAGCCCGGCUUAGCCGAUCAAGCCAAGCUUUCCUUCGCCUCGGCCGAAUCCCUGGAAACCAUGUCGGAAGCUGAGCUGCCCAUUGGAUUCAACAGAAUGAACCGGUUCCGACAGAGCUUACCUCUGUCCCGGUCCACCAGCCAGACGAAGCUGCGAUCCCCAGGGGUCCUUUUCCUGCAGUUCGGGGAUGAGACGAGGCGUGUUCACAUCACCCAUGAGAUCAGCAGCAUGGACACCCUGCACGCCCUUAUUGUCCACAUGUUUCCCCAGAAGCUCACAAUGGGGAUGCUGAAAUCUCCCAACACUGCCAUCCUCAUCAAGGACGAGUCGCGCAAUGUCUUCUACGAGUUGGAGGAUGUCCGAGAUAUCCAGGACAGAAGUAUCAUUAAAAUCUACCGAAAAGAGCCCCUCUAUGCCUCGUUCCCAGCUUCGCACAUCACCAAUGGUGACCUGAGGAGGGAGAUGGUUUACACCUCCAGGGAGUCGUCUCCCACCCGCCGGCUGAACAACAUGUCACCAGCCUCUCACCUGACUUCUGGCUCCCCACCGCCCGUGCUCCAGUCCUCCUCCCCGUCCCGCUCUCGCAUGUCCUACAGCGGGGGCCGCCCGCCCUCCUACGCGGGCAGCCCCGUCCACCACAGUGAGCGCCUCUCCAACCUGCCACCCGCGCAAGGUGUCUCGCCCAGCCCCAGUGCCAUCCUGGAGCGCCGGGAUGUGAAGCCAGAUGAAGACCUGGCUGGGAAGAACAUGGUGCUGGUGAAGAACGAGGGGCUGUAUGCCGAUCCCUACAGCAUGGUGCACGAGGGCCGCCUCAGCAUCACCUCCACCCAGUCCCUGGCUGGCAUGGGAGAUCCUUUUGGCUACUCUGGGGGGCUGUACAAGAGGGGCUCUGUGCGCUCCCUCAGCACCUACUCCGCGGCUGCCUUGCAGACAGAGCUGGAGGACAGCCUGUACAAGCCGAACGCACAGCUUUACAGUGACACAUAUGGGCCUGGCCUGGGUUUCCGCAUGCCCCCCUCCUCCCCGCAGAAGAUGGCUGAUGGGCGGCUAGUGGAUGUGCAGCCGGGGCAGAGCCCUCACAGCCCCUACUCAGGGCCCCCCAGCCGGUCCUCGCCUGUCCGCCAGUCCUUCCGCAAGGAUUCCUGCUCUUCUGUCUUCAUGGAGAGCCCUGUCAACAAACCACGCAACGCCAGCUCCUCUGGGCCUCCGGAGCUGUUCCCUGGCCCUGGUGACCGCCCGCUGUCAGGGUUCAGCUCUCCUGUGCCGGCCAAGGAUACAGAAACAAGGGAGCGGAUGGAAGCCAUGGAGAAGCAGAUUGCCAGCCUGACGGGGCUGGUGCAGAGCGCCCUGCUCCGCGGCUCCGAGGCCGAGACCUCCAGCGAGAAGACAGAAACCACCAACGGCGGGACCCCCCCAUCAGCAUCGGCCAGCCGGAGGGGCAUGGGGACCCCGGGGUUUUGGGGGCCCGCGUUGCCUUGCCCCCCGCCGCCCUCUGCCACAAGCACGCCGGCGGGGCAGCCCACUGCCAUCACCCGCUUGCACAUGCAGCUGCAUCUCCACGACCUGCAGCAGAACGCCAGCGACAUCCGCAACCAGCUGCAGCAGCUCAAGAAGCUACAGCUGCAAAACCAGGAGACAGUGAAGACAAUGCUGCGGCGAACGGAGACGGAGAUCAGCGUGCGGGUGACGGAUACCAUGCGCAAGCACGAGGACCCUCUGCAGCGCCAGCGCAGCCUGGUGGAAGAGGAACGACUCCGGUACCUCAAUGAAGAGGAGCUCAUCACCCAGCAGCUAAAUGACCUGGAGAAGUCGGUGGAGAAGAUCCAGAAGGAUUUAGCCCACAACCACCGGCUCAUCCCUGUGCAGGAGCUGGAGGAGAAGGCCGUGGUGUUGAAGCAACUGGGGGAGACCCUGACAGACCUCAAGGCCCAGUUCCCCAGCCUGCAGAGCAAGAUGCGAGUGGUGCUGCGGGUGGAGGUGGAAGCGGUGAAGUUCCUUAAGGAGGAGCCGAACCGCCUCGAUGGUCUGCUCAAGCGCUGCAAGACAGUGACAGACACCCUCGCCCAGCUCCGCAGGCAAGUGGAAGAGGGCGUGUGGACCUCCCCCAAUAACCUCAGCCAGUCCCCCAAGAAGAUCGCCCCUGAGACAGACUUCAGCAAAGGGCUGGAUUUGGAGACGCCCACCAGUCCCCCAGUCAGCCUCCAUCACCUGACGGCUGCCACCGAGACCCUGGGCAUGCCUAGCUUUGGGCACAGCCCCCCCCAGACCCAGACCCACCCCUCCAAGAGCAAUAACCCUUCACGGGCUCCGGAGAUGGUACCUGCCAAGACCCAGACGGGCCCAGAAACUCCCAGCAAGAAGAGCGUGGACAAAGCCAUAUCUGUGGAGGCUGCCGAGCGGGACUGGGAGGAGAAGCGGGCAGCGCUGACCCAGUACAGUGCCAAGGACAUCAACCGCCUCUUGGAGGAGACACAGGCCGAGCUCAUGAAGGCCAUCCCUGACCUGGAGUUCGCUGCCAAGCACAAACAGGCCACAGGCAGCAGCAGUGCCGCGUCCACGCCAGAGCACAAGCCCUCUAAGCCGCAGCAUGCACAGAAAUCCACGGGCAAGGUGGACCCCAACGGCCGACGGGGCUCAGAUGAACUGACAGUGCCCCGGUACCGGACCGAGAAGCCCUCGAAAUCGCCGCCACCUCCCCCUCCUCGCCGGAGCUUCCCCUCGUCCCAUGGGCUGACCACAACCCGCAGCGGUGAAGUCAUUGUCACCAGCAAGAAGGAGCCCGGUUUCAUGAAGAAGGCCGAGUCAGAGGAGCUGGAGACACAGAAGCCCCAGGUGAAGCUGAGACGGACAGUGUCAGAGGUGGUCAGGCCUGCGUCCACCCCACCCAUCAUCGCCUCUGCCAUCAAAGAUGAUGAUGAUGAGGACCGCAUCAUUGCAGAGCUGGAGGUGUUUCAGAGAAGCUCUGCCUCCCCUUUCAUUCCCAAGCUCCGUUAUGAUCCGCUCGCGGCUGCCAUCUCCCCUGGGCACGCAGACUUGUGGCCCAAUGGAGCCUCCGUUGCAGCCGAAGGAUGGAAGGAGCCGGAGCCCCUGGCACCUCCAGGGAGCAGGGCUUUCUCCCUCCCGCAGAUUGUGCUCACCGAGUGGGUGUCUGAACCACCGUCCCCUGAAGCCGAGCUUGAGGUGUCGGUAGAAACAGGCUCCUCUGAGCACAGUGGCCAGUCUGGCAGCAGAGGAGCAGGAGGGGAGCUUGCACCCGUCCAUGUGCAAUUGGAAGGAAACUCUGCUGACGUGCUCUCACCAGACAGGCCUGAGAGCCGCUCUGAUGGGGAAGGGAAAUGCUGUGCAUCUCCUGGCAUCUCAGAAGACUCUCCAGCCACACUUAGGUGCGUUCCAGACUCAGCCACGCAGCCCCAAAGAGGCCCUUAUCAGGGCUGUGACCAUGCAGCAAGAGAGACUUCAGUAUUCCCUCUAGUGAACAGCAAGGUCCCAUCUCUCUCAAAGCAUGCAACUAGCCAGCCCCUUGGGGAAGAAGGAAGGGACACAGCUUUGAACUCUGCUGGAAACCAAGAAGGCAGCAGCAAGCCAUCACCCCAAGGUCCUUUGGCUGAACAGCCUCCUCCUCCUUGGGGGGAAGCCACAGAUCCUGGAGCUGGAGACACAGCGCUCCCGUCCAUCAGUGCAGAUGGUGAAAGGCCCAGCGCUGCCGUGGGGGUUCCCAGUGAUGUUGUGGAGCCCCAAGGAGGAACCAGACAGAGUGUGCAGAAGGCAGUUCCUCCUCCUGGAGUCCCUGAUGGGAUUUGCAGACAAAUGCAGAGGGAGGAACGCAACAGCUUGCCAGCACCAGCAUGCCCGGUGCCAAAACCUAGAUCUUUCCUAGGCAGCGAUCCAGACCAGCAAGGGAGCAAAGAGUCCAAGGCUGAGCAUCCCAAGGAGCAGGUCCCUGCUUUAUCAAGGCCAACGGAGCAUGAAGCAGCACCCCGCCAGAGCAGCCUAGGUCUGCCCGCUCAGGGAGAAGGAGCCGAGAUGGACUCCGGUGUAGAAGGAAAGAUAGCAGAGGAACAUUGUUCCCAAGGUCCUCGGGGAAGGAGGAGCAAAGGGGAGGUAUCUCCUCUCCACCCCAUGACUCCACGCAGCAAAGAGAUUUAUGAAGGCACGUACCAGAGACUGGAUAGCCUAGAAGAGACUAUCCGUGAGCUGGAAAUAACCAUUAAUGAAAUCAGCAGCCAUCCAUCGGUUGAAUUCAUAUUCCCUAAAGAACUUCUAGGACAAAAUGAGCCUAAGGAUGCCAGCGAAGGGAUAGAGGAAGGUCCAGGGGAUCUCAUACACAGUAGCUGUGACGAUGGGACUGCCCUGGAUCUCAGUCAGGCCAAAGAUGAUGCUCCUGAGAGUCCAUCUCCGAGCAAGACCAAACCACCUCUGCUACCGAAGCCGCAGCUCCCUCUCGACAGUCCUCAGGUUUAUUUUCUGUUAUCCCUCUUACUGUGCUGUACCCUUGGAUUCACUCUGAUGCGUUCUCUUCCUCCACCUCUACCUGCCCCCUCUCUGUGAAUCUACCUUCAGAUAGACCUGAGGUGUAAAACAAAUCUCCCUUUCUCCCCGUCACUUGGGCAGGCCAUUGGAAGUGCAGGCAAGAAGGAGCGAGACUGCAGACAGCAGGGAACGAAUUGUAAAGGCAGAUGGUCGCAGGCAGCGCUGCUGUCUGCCCCUCUGUCUGCGUGCUGGUGGCUUCCUCAGCCCCUUGCCGUGCUGCGCUCUAGCACUGAAUCAGACCAGGGCUAGCAGGCGUCUUCUGCGGUGGCAGGGUUCAGGGCUGCUCCUGGUGCGCAGCAGCCCUGGCCGCCUGGGCUGCUGGUCUGGGAAGGGGCUGUGCCUGGGAUCUGCAGCAGGCGCUGGGAUGGGGAUUUUGCUGUAGCUCAGACCCAAGGCACAGUCCAGCUUCACAUCGGUGUGAUCACGGGCAGUGAUGAACCAGGCUCUCCAGAAGGGAAGCUGCUUUGCACGGAGCGUGGCUGAGUGCGUAUUAGAUCUGGCCCGCUGAUAAGCAGAGAGGCAGAGAGCGCCGUCUCCAGGACUUGGCCUGGGGACCAGAAGGAUUAGCUUUUACCCUGCCACCUUCUGCAGAGCGGUCUCUGGCUGGCUCCAGAGAUGACCGAGAGUUCAGCCUAGCAGCCCGCGGCUGCUCGGCACGCAGAAGGCCUGCACGUGCUGAACUGAGAAAGUGGCUUUUCUCUUUUUUUGUUUUGCAUAAGCACUUUUCUGACUAACUGCAGUUUAAGUGACGCUGCAAAGCAGCAGAUGUUUCUCCUAAUUAAAUCACAGUGCGGGCUCCCUGAAGCCGUCCAAAUUGGUUUCCGUUGGAAUCUGCAGCAGCCACUCGGCUUGCUGAAUAGCUGGGAAAAGAGGGGGAAAAAACCCUCAGCCACUCAGAAGUCAGCCUGUUCCUUUAUUAACAAUCAGUGCUCAUGAAUGAAUCUCCUUUUUCAUUUGCAGCAAUUAUCUCAGCCCUGGUUCUCACUUACACCGAGGCCCCUUUACAGCGCUCUCACUGGGUAAAUGGGCCUUCCAAGUGGGUGUAGCUGCAAUUUUCUCCUAUUGUUAGUUCCCGCUGCACUGCUGGAGCUGUGCAAACGAGAAGCAGAGCUGUGAGAUGAAUUUAUUGCUAUGGCUGACGCGUUCUUGGGUACUCACAAAGCAAAACUGAAAUCGGGGCUUGACAGGAGAGGCUGUGUAGCCAGGCUUGCCUCUGUCGAUCCUUAAAUCAGCGUCGGAGAGGGCAAAUCUCACUUGACAUUUCAAGGCUGCUGCAACUUGGAUGCAAAGGCUAAGAUCCAGCACCUGUUUGUACCCAGGAUGCUGGGGAAGGUGUGGCGUGGAUGGGACCCAGAUUUCGUUGCGUUGGGUCUGGGGAGUCCCUGUCUCUAGUCUGUAGGACCACUGAGAGUGUGAGCCAGGGCAGGUAGGUCAGGCACCGUGCAAGCCGUGCGUGUGUUGAUUUGCUCUGCGGCGUGCAAAUAACCCGAACACCAAGUGGACAAGGAGGAGAAUGUAGGAAGGAAGCAACGCAUAUGAGAGUGCAAAAUAAAGCAUUGCUGCAGAUACCAGCACAUCGAACCCCUCCUAUGCUUCCUGUUCCCUCCUCCUGCAGUCAGCCACGCUCCCAGCUCUGCAGCUCUGCUGUACGAUCCCACUAAGCUGGCCUUGCUGGGGUAGCCUGUUGGCCCUCUCCUCCUGCGAGGUUCAAGAUGCAAUCUGGCCAUAAGUUGCAUGUUUCAGGGGCAGCAUCCGAAGUGCCAGUUUUGCUGCCUGGGGAGCUGGUCCAGGUGCAGCACAGGGCAGGCAGGAGGGAGCAGCGAUUGCAGGGGAAGGCUUUGGGCAGCACCAGGCAGUGGCGAGGCUGCAGCGUGUGGCACUGCUGAGGCUCCUGGCAGGGUCCUGUGCAGCUACUGCUUUAUUCCCCUGCUUGGAGGAUUUGCUCACAGUUACAGGAAAUGUGCUUUCAGGUAAUGCUUCUCUCACUGCUGUUCUUGCAAGGCUUUGUAUCUCAACCUGUGCAAGAUAGAUAAUAAAAACCUCUGUAUUCCCACUACCGUCGUUUCCACCUGGAAUCUGCUUCUGUCUGACGUCGCCUCUUUCUCUUUCUCUUGGCUGUGCAUCCCCUGCACAGGCAGAGAUGCUCUCUUCCUGCUCUCAGCCUCCUGUUUGCAGUGUCUGCCCCUAACCCUCCCUGUUUGCAUUGCAGAGUCGGCGGCGGCUCUGUGUUGGUAAGUCCUGGCCGGUUUCUGAGCUCCUCAAAGCAGAUGCCUGAUGAGGGCUCCUUUGGCACAUGGAUUUGGUGUUCUUGUUAAUGUGGGCACCAGUUGGCAGUGUCUGCAAGGCUGUAGAUCCUGCUCCCCUGCCACCUUCCCAGCAGAGCUCUCUGGAGCAUAGAGAUGCUCAGCUCCUCUGCAGAAGAGCUGAGUGCAAGUCUAUCCCAGCAGAGGUGCAGCAUCCCACGGCCUGCUGCACCCCAGGGCCUUGGCAGGGUGAGCCAGGCUCGCCAUGGGACUUGUAACCCCCUGCCUCCAGCGUGGGUGGGAUGUCAAAAGUGUUUUGCUACAUUCUGGCUCUGUUCAUGACAAAAGCCGUUUGAACGUGGGCAGAGUUAAUUCAGUGCUGGGAACUCUGGAUUCGCUGCCAGGGGCAAGGGGUGUCCUGGCAGUGCCACGGAGCCCUGGGGCCCAGCGGGAUGGUGUGGGGACGUGCAUCAGUGCCUGGCACAGCUCCGCGCGUCCUGCGCCCAGUGCUGGCAGUGCCCAGCUGGAAGAAGCGCUAAUGUGUUUAUUUGCCUGCUGGUGUUAACCCCCUCCCCAAU